UGUAGUGCAAUAAUUCACAUGGCUGUGUUCGGAGUGAUGAAGUGUUGGGAGCUCGUUUGAAAUAUUUUACUCUUCGCUUUGUCUUUAUUAAGGAUGUACUCCUCUGUUUGUUUUAUUCUACGUUUGCGCGCUGUAUAAAAUGUUUCCGUAAAAGAAACGACACACCGGAAGUUGAUCUGGAGUGUAAGAGUAUUAGAUGUUGGAUUAGGUGUUUGUUGGGUGUCUGCUGUUUGUGUGCAUGAUGUUCGUGUUGGUGGAGAUGGUGGACACGGUGAGGAUUCCUCCCUGGUUCUUCAACAGACAGCUGAACGGAGCCAUAGCAGAGGAGCUCAACAAGAAGCUGGCCAACAAGGUGGUCUUUAACGUGGGUCUGUGUAUCUGUCUGUACGACAUCACUAAACUGGAAGAUUCCUACAUUUUCCCUGGAGACGGAGCUUCACACACCAAAGUUCAUUUCAGAUACGUUGUUUUCCACCCAUUCCUCGAUGAGAUCCUCAUUGGAAAGAUCAAGUACUGCAGCCAGGAGGGAGUUCAUGUGUCUAUGGGCUUCUUUGAUGAUAUCCUGAUUCCUCCAGAGUCACUUCAACAGCCGGCAAGGUUCGAUGAAGCCGAGCAGGUCUGGCUGUGGGAGUACGAGACAGACGAAGGAGCUCACGACCUCUACAUGGACCAGGGGGAGGAGAUCCGCUUCAGAGUGACAGACGAAGUCUUCGUGGACACGUCGCCAACCGGCCCGGCCGCCGCCGACACCGACACAGCUGCUCAACCAGGACAGUCGACGGCGCCACCGCCAGAGGAAAGCGGGGAGAAGAAGGAGGCUCCAUACACUCUGAUCGGGACCAUCUGUGAGCCUGGGCUGGGAUUGCUGUCAUGGUGGAAUAACUAACACCACAGAAGAAGUUUGUUGACUGAUCAGAGAGAGAAGAGACAAACAGCUGGAUCAAGAGAACUGAAGUAAACACACAGAGACUGAAUCUGCUCUAUGAAGCAGGAUAAUGUGUUAUCAUUACUGCAAAUGAACAAACCAGCCUCAUAUUAGCAUCUGAACAUUAUCAUUUAUUUAAUAAAAAUGGAUUGAAACAUG